AUGGCGAAUUCUGUAAACAUAUCAAUAGAGGCUCCAAUAGAAAACCAGAUUCAGGAAAUAACAUAUGAUGGCCAAGAGAUUUACCAAGCACCUCUGUCUAUGUCAGAGAAUUUGGCUCGUCUAGCUCAAAAGAUUGACUUCUCAAAGACUGAUGAUGAAUUUUGCAACAUCAAAAAGGAGGGUGAGUGCAGCUCCGACACCAAGUCUGAAGAUGAAAAAGAACCAGGUUAUCAGAGUAGUUUAUGGCCAUGGGACUCUGUAAGAAAUAAAUUAAGAAAUGCGCUCACAGAAGUGUGUGUCUUGGCAGAUGUCCUAAGUAUUGCCAAGGAAAAAAGAUAUAUGGUAUUGGACCCUGUACAACCCGAACAGCAAGAAAACAGACCUAUGGUUCAAGUGUAUGGUAGAAAGAAAGCCCUUGGUGCAGCAGCUGCUGUACUUUUAGCUGGAGUGGAACGACUCCGUGCCAGUGAGACUAUGAGGAUGACCCGGAAUAUGCCCGAUUUCCACAUAGACCUCCUAAGGCUCAGACAGAACUGGAGGUUGAAGAAAGUAUCCAAUACCAUUGUUGGAGAUCUGAGUUAUAGGACAGCUGGGUCUAAAUUUAGUCAAACUGGGGUGUUUGAGGUAACAAAGGCACCCGAAGAACAGAUAGCACAGGCUAUGAACGCGGCUGGGCCAGUACCAUCAGCUUUACGUGUCACCGUGCCGCCUGAACUGCAGGGAGUUGCAUUUAUAUCAGUGCUUUGUCAAAAAGAGCAAGAGGACGUGGUGACGGCGACGCUGAGCUCUGCGGCGCUGAACUGCCCGAGCUCGCUGCCGGGCGAGGGGGCGGAGUUGCACUGGCAACAAAAGCUGGAGGCGGCGCAGAACGUCCUGUUCUGCAAGGAGCUGUUCGCGCGCCUCGCCGCAGAGGCCGUGCAGCUCGAUGCCUCUAUCCCGCACAUGGUCGUGGGCAACCAGAUAAUGGCCACCGUGUUGCCAGGCAUUCAACUAUUGAUCGGACUGUGUCACAAUAAUGGACAAAAUACCAACAAUGCUAAUCCAGAAGGAGUCAAGCCUGAGGGGCCAUCUGGAAAGUCCGACCAUGACCAUGUGUUAGAGCAUUCGCUGCACCAGCUGCUGCGAGCGGUGCAUCACUCUAACACUCAUCACCCAUUCCCACAUCCAGCGACUGGACCACUCGGUCCGUCCAAGCGUCGCUGUUUAGCAGGACCGAUGGCCGCCGACCGUUAUGAGCUCUUAGACAUGAGCAAGGAGCAGUCCCUCCUGGAGCAGAUCAUCCAACAAGCUCAACACUUCUUCAUGCGGCGGCGAAGUGAAUAUGUUCUCGACACUAUUGCGAAAGAGGUCAAAGAUCCUCUAAUCGUGUCACAUUGGAAUGCUCUGAAUAGCCCAACACAAUCAUGUGUCAAAAUAAACAUUAUGGCCUACGGGUAUGAUGCUGUAUGCAGAACAUCGUUGGUUGUGCAUGUCGGUGAAAAGACUCUCAAAUGUAUCUGUCGCGAUGGGAAAGUGAGACAUUUGUCUUACGAACUUCAAGAACUCAGAGAUUUAAUAUACUGCCAGAUUUACCAGCAUCAAAUGACAGCUGUGCAGGCAGUGGGCCGAUGCAUGGGAUGGCAACUGCUUGCUAGUAGUUCUCAUCUUGGAUCAGGCCCAGUGGAACCACUUGGGAACGCCUCCUCUUGUCUUCUUGCAUCUCCAAAUGGUGAUAGAAUGAUUGCAAUAAGAUGUGAGCCAUCAGUUGGAAUUCAAGUUUUUAUAGCUCAAUCUCCAAGAAAAGACUUCUUUGCCAGUGAACUCGUUCAAGACAAGAAGUGGGAACAUCUCGGAGGAGCGUUCAAAGAGAUCAAGCUUGAGAAAAUGGAAGGCAAGAACUUCUUAAACAAGAUGGAAUUACUCAUGGCGUGUCUCAGCAGCCCUUCAUAA